AUGUUUCGAAACAGUCUCAAGAUGCUUCUUACAGGAGGGAAGUCAAACCGCAAAAACAGGUCCAGUGAUGGAGGGAACGAGGAGCCACCAGACCGAAGACAGGCAAGUGUAGACUCCCGUCAGAGCCGAUCUGGGCAAGGUGGCACCUCCACAGAGAACGACUGUGCUUUUGAACCAGACUACGCUAUUCCGCCACUCCCAGUGACCGAAGGUGAUACUGAGCAGGAGCUGGGACCCCCUCCAUCCGUAGAUGAGGCAGCAAAUACACUCAUGACUCGCCUGGGCUUCCUCCUCGGAGAGAAAGUCACGGAGGUACAGCCAGGGCCCCAGUACAGCAUGGAGGUGCAGGAUGAGAACCAGAGCUCGGCGGUGACGCAGCGCAUCAGCCCCUGCUCCACGCUGACCAGCAGCACGGCCUCGCCGCCCGCCAGCAGCCCCUGCUCCACCUUGCCGCCCGUCAGCACCAGCGUCACCGCCAAGGACUGCACCUACGGCGCCGUCACCAGCCCUACCUCCACGCUGGAGAGCAGAGACAGCGGCAUCAUCGCUACUUUGACAAGCUACUCAGAAAAUGUGGAACGCACUAAAUAUGGAGGGGAAAGCAGUAAAGAACUUGGAUCCGGAGGAAACCUGAAACCUUGGCAGUCCCAGAAAUCCAGCAUGGACUCCUGCUUAUACCGUGUGGAUGAGAACAUGACGGCCUCCACCUACAGCCUGAACAAAAUCCCAGAGAGGAACCUGGAGACGGUCUUGUCCCAGUCAGUGCAGUCUAUUCCUCUUUACCUUAUGCCACGGCCAAAUUCAGUAGCAGCCACCAGCUCAGCCCACUUAGAAGAUCUCGCUUACCUGGACGAGCAGCGACACACUCCCCUGCGGACAUCCCUCCGAAUGCCGCGGCAGAGCAUGGCCGGAGCCCGCACGCAGCAGGACCUGCGAGUACGCUUCGCACCUUAUAGACCUCCCGACAUCUCUCUGAAACCGCUGCUCUUUGAGGUGCCCAGCAUCACCACCGAGUCCGUCUUCGUUGGCCGGGACUGGGUGUUCCACGAGAUAGAUGCGCAGCUGCAGAGUUCAAACGCCAGCGUCAACCGAGGUGUAGUGAUUGUUGGGAACAUUGGGUUUGGAAAAACGGCCAUCAUCUCCAGACUGGUUGCGCUCAGCUGCCAUGGCACACGGAUGAGACAGAUUGCUUCUGAUAGCCCGCAUGCCUCUCCGAAACAUGUGGAUGCAAACCGAGAGCUGCCCUUAACCCAGCCGCCUUCUGCUCACUCGUCAAUCACCAGCGGGAGCUGCCCGGGGACUCCCGAAAUGCGCCGGCGCCAGGAAGAGGCCAUGCGGAGACUUGCUUCACAGGUUGUCGCUUAUCACUACUGCCAAGCUGAUAAUGCCUACACCUGCCUGGUGCCAGAGUUUGUGCACAACGUGGCCGCCCUGCUCUGCCGCUCGCCGCAGUUCGUUGCCUACAGGGAGCAGCUCCUGCGAGAGCCCCACCUGCAAAGCAUGCUCAGCCUGAGGUCCUGCGUGCAAGACCCCAUGGCCUCCUUCCGAAGGGGAGUCCUGGAGCCCUUGGAAAAUCUGCACAAAGAGAGGAAGAUCCCUGAUGAAGAUUUCAUUAUAUUAAUUGAUGGUUUAAAUGAGGCUGAAUUUCACAAGCCAGAUUAUGGAGACACCAUAGUAUCAUUCCUGAGCAAAAUGAUUGGAAAAUUCCCUUCCUGGCUGAAGCUGGUAGUGACAGUCAGGACAAGUCUACAGGAAAUAAUUAAGCUGUUGCCCUUCCACAGAAUAUUUUUGGAUAGACUGGAAGAGAAUGAAGCCAUAGACCAGGACCUGCAGGCAUAUAUCCUUCAUCGGAUACACAGCAGCUCGGAGAUCCAGAACAACAUCUCACUUAACGGCAAAAUGGACAACACUACGUUUGGGAAACUCAGUUCUCACCUCAAGACCUUGAGCCAAGGGUCCUAUCUGUACCUAAAACUCACUUUUGAUCUCAUAGAGAAAGGAUACCUAGUACUAAAAAGCUCCAGCUACAAAGUAGUCCCAGUGUCUCUGUCAGAAGUUUACCUGUUGCAGUGCAAUAUGAAGUUCCCAACGCAGUCUUCCUUUGAUCGGGUUAUGCCUCUCUUGAAUGUGGCAGUGGCAUCUCUGCACCCAUUAACAGAUGAACAUAUUUUUCAGGCCAUUAAUGCAGGUAACAUUGAGGGCACUUUGGAGUGGGAUGACUUUCAGCAGAGGAUGGAGAACCUUUCUAUGUUUCUUAUCAAACGUAGAGAUAUGACGCGAAUGUUUGUUCAUCCCUCUUUCCGAGAAUGGCUUAUUUGGAGAGAAGAAGGUGAAAAGACCAAGUUUCUUUGUGAUCCUAGGAGUGGCCACACAUUACUUGCCUUCUGGUUUUCCCGUCAAGAAGGAAAACUAAAUCGACAGCAAACUAUUGAACUGGGACAUCACAUUCUCAAAGCACAUAUUUUUAAGGGGCUGAGUAAAAAAGUUGGGGUAUCUUCCUCCAUCCUGCAAGGGCUUUGGAUCUCCUACAGCACCGAAGGUCUUUCGAUGGCUUUGGCAUCUCUGAGAAAUCUCUACACCCCAAACAUAAAGGUCAGUCGGUUGCUGAUUUUAGGAGGUGCAAACGUGAAUUAUCGGACCGAAGUUCUGAACAACGCCCCCAUUUUGUGUGUCCAAUCUCACCUGGGUUACACGGAGAUGGUGGCUUUGCUCCUGGAGUUUGGGGCAAAUGUAGAUGCCGCUUCGGAAAGUGGCCUCACCCCCCUUGGCUACGCGGCUGCUGCGGGAUUUCUAAGUAUCGUUGUGCUGUUGUGCAAGAAACGGGCCAAGGUGGAUCAUUUGGACAAAAACGGUCAGUGCGCUCUAGUUCAUGCUGCUCUCAGAGGACACUUGGAGGUGGUGAAGUUCUUGAUCCAAUGCGACUGGACCAUGGCUGGGCAACAGCAGGGAGUGUUUAAGAAGAGCCACGCCAUCCAGCAGGCACUGAUCGCUGCAGCCAGCAUGGGUUACACCGAGAUUGUCUCCUACCUGCUCGAUCUUCCAGAAAAAGAUGAAGAAGAGGUGGAGCGAGCACAAAUCAACAGCUUUGACAGCCUUUGGGGAGAGACAGCUCUGACGGCAGCAGCCGGGCGUGGGAAGCUGGAGGUCUGCCGGCUCCUCCUGGAGCAGGGUGCCGCGGUGGCACAGCCCAACCGCCGCGGGGUCGUUCCGCUCUUCAGCGCCGUGAGACAGGGCCACUGGCAGAUUGUAGAUCUUCUACUCACGCACGGUGCUGAUGUAAACAUGGCAGACAAGCAGGGGCGGACGCCGCUGAUGAUGGCUGCAUCUGAGGGACAUCUGGGCACAGUGGAGUUUCUGCUCGCACAAGGUGCCUCCAUUUCUUUAAUGGACAAGGAGGGUUUGACGGCCCUCAGCUGGGCUUGUCUGAAGGGACACCUCUCCGUGGUGCGUUCCCUGGUAGAGAACGGAGCUGCCACCGACCACGCGGAUAAAAACGGACGCACUCCACUGGACCUGGCAGCUUUUUACGGCGAUGCAGAGGUGGUUCAGUUUCUGGUGGACCAUGGGGCCAUGAUCGAGCACGUUGACUACAGCGGGAUGCGCCCACUCGACAGGGCAGUGGGGUGCCGCAACACCUCAGUUGUCGUCACUCUCCUGAAGAAAGGAGCAAAGAUAGGUCCAGCAACAUGGGCGAUGGCAACCUCCAAACCAGACAUCAUGAUCAUCCUGUUGAGCAAGCUGAUGGAGGAGGGAGACAUGUUUUAUAAGAAAGGUAAAGUGAAAGAGGCUGCCCAGCGCUACCAGUAUGCUCUGAAAAAAUUCCCCAGGGAAGGGUUUGGAGAAGACCUGAAAACCUUCCGUGAGCUGAAGGUGUCGCUCCUUCUCAACCUCUCCCGGUGUCGAAGGAAAAUGAACGAUUUUGGAAUGGCGGAGGAAUUUGCUACUAAAGCACUGGAGCUGAAACCGAAAUCUUAUGAAGCUUACUAUGCAAGAGCAAGGGCCAAACGCAGCAGCAGGCAGUUUUCAGCAGCCCUGGAGGACCUGAACGAGGCCAUCAAGCUGUGUCCCAACAACCGUGAGAUCCAGCGGCUGCUGAUGCGGGUGGAAGAGGAGUGCAGGCAGGUGCAGCAGCAGCAGCAGCAGCCGCCGCCGCUCCCAGUGGAGCCUGAACCUGAAGUCCAGCAUGAAGAGCUGUAUUCCGUGCAAGACAUCUUUGAGGAGGAGUACCUUGAGCAGGACGUAGAAAAUGUUUCCAUCGGCUUGCAGACAGAGUCCAGGCCAAACCAAGGGCUGCCCAUCAUCCAGAGCCCACCCCCGUCCCCAGCUCACAGGGACUCGGCCUAUAUUUCUGGCUCACCUCUUGGCUCUCAUCAGGUCUUUGAUUUCAGGUCCAGUAGCUCCGUGGGUUCGCCAACCAGGCAAGGGUACCAGUCCACGUCUCCUGCUCUGUCUCCGACACACCAAAACUCGCAUUAUAGACCCAGUCCUCCGCACACAUCCCCUGCUCACCAGGGCUCCUCUUACCGCUUCAGCCCACCUCCUGUCGGAAGUCAAGGGAAGGAAUAUCAAAGCCCACCACCUUCUCCUCUUCGUAGAGGUCCUCAGUAUCGCGCCAGCCCCCCGGCAGAAAGCAUGAGCGUUUAUAGGUCCCAGUCUGGUUCCCCGGUUCGUUAUCCGCAAGAACCUAGCGGAGUCAGCCAGCUCCCCGGUAGACCGAAGUCUCCGUUGUCCAAGAUGACGCAGAGAUCUUUCCAGAUGCCCCAGCUCCCCGUGGCUGUGCCGCAGCAGGGGCUGAGGCUGCAGCCAGCCAAGGCGCAGAUCGUGAGGAGCAACCAGCCCAGCUCAGCCGUCCAUUCGAGUACCGUAAUCCCAACUGGUGCUUACAGUCAGGUUGCCCACUCGAUGGCCAGCAAGUACCAGUCAGCGUCAGGGGAAAUGGGGGUUAGCCAGAGCAGGUUGGUCUACCAGGGCUCCAUCGGGGGCAUCGUCGGUGACAGCAGACCGGUGCAGCACGUUCAGGCGAGCCUCAGCGCGGGAGCGAUCUGUCAGCACGGCGGGCUGGCUAAAGAAGACCUUCCGCAGAGACCGUCCUCGGCGUACAGGGGGGGUAUGAGAUACAGCCAGACACCUCAGAUCGGGCGAAGCCAGUCCGCUUCCUACUAUCCGGUGUGUCACUCGAAGCUUGACCUGGAACGUUCUUCCCUCCCCGCCAGCCAGCUGGGCUCUCCAGAUGUGUCUCAUCUCAUCAGAAGGCCCAUCACAGUUAAUCCCAGCGAAAUCAAGCCUCACCCGCCGACUCCGAGGCCCCUGCUCCACUCUCAGAGCGUCGGCCUCCGCUUCUCUCCUUCCAGCAAUAGCAUCUCCUCCACCUCCAACCUGACUCCCAAUUUCCGCCCUUCUGCUUCGAUUCAACAAAUGGAGAUUCCUCUCAAGCCAGCUUAUGACAGAGCGUGCGAUGAACUUUCUCCGGUCUCUCCCACGCAGGGGGGUUACCCCAGCGAGCCAGCCCGUUCCCGGACCACACCGUUCAUGGGAAUCAUAGAUAAAACGGCUCGGACUCAGCAGUACCCCCACCUCCAUCAGCAGAACCGGACCUGGGCUGUGUCGUCAGUGGACACUGUCAUUAGUCCGACGUCUCCUGGCAAUCUCCCCCAGCCGGAAUCAUUUAGCCCGCCUUCUUCAAUCAGCAACAUUGCCUUUUAUAACAAAACCAACAAUGCACAGAAUGGCCAUUUGCUAGAGGAAGACUAUUACAGCCCCCAUGGGAUGCUGGCCAAUGGGUCCCGGGGAGACCUCCUGGAGAGAGUCACCCAAGCCUCCUCGUACCCCGACGUCAAGGUGGCAAGGACGCUGCCUGUGGCGCAGGCCUACCAGGACAACCUGUACAGGCAGCUCUCCAGGGACUCCAGGCAAGGGCAGACAUCCCCAAUCAAACCAAAGAGACCAUUUGUGGAGUCUAAUGUGUAA